AUGGCCUCAUUGGACUCGACAGCCAAAACCCCGGCGCGAGCCGGCGACUACAAAGUUGAGAGACUCCGGAAGGGAGAAGAAGCAGAAGUCGCCGACGUUGCAAGACUCGCCGGCGAUGGUGAUGACAUAAGCAAACCGAACGACAAUAAUGAAAACCCCAAACAGAAGCAACCCAAAAUAUCCAAAUUCCCCUCUUUCAGUUUCAUCUUCAUUCCUUCAUUCUCAUUUUUCCGAAUUUGUUAUUCGGAUAGAGAUGUCGGAGUUUCCCGAUUCACCGACAAAGACGAAUUUCGAUCUUCUCCGGCCAAACAGGCACCGGCGUCGCCUUUGCCGGAUUUAGAGCAGGAUCAAACGCAGCCGCGAAUUGGCGGCGGAGAUGGUGGAAUAUUAAGGCGAUGGAAGAGGGACGAUUUGUUGAAGAAAGGCUCGUUGGUACUGAGAGGAAUUGCCCUGCUUUUCUCUCUGAUCAGUUUCAUCGUCAUGGCCUCCAAUAAGCACGGCGAUUGGAAAAAUUUCGACAGAUACCCGGAAUAUAGGUAUGUUCUGGCGAUAUCGAUUUUAUCGACACUGUACACCGGCGGCCAAGUGCUCCGGCAAGUUCAGGAAAUCUCUACCGGAAAGAACUUUCUGGAUCCCAGGACAGCUUUGCCGUUGGACUUCAUAGGAGAUCAGAUAAUGGCGUAUUUGUUGAUCUCAGCAUCAUCUUCGGCGGUUCCAUUGACAAACAGGAUGAGGGAAGGAUCUGACAAUAUAUUCACAGACUCUUCGGCUGCAGCCAUUAGCUUCUGCUUCUUGGCCUUCUUUGCUGCUGCUGCUUCCUCCCUUCUUUCUGGCUACAAAUUAUCAACCCAAUCUUAUAUCUGAACUUCUUCAUAAUUAUAUAUACUUUCAUUUCUUAAACAUACUUAGAUUGCAUCCAUCAUACCUUUGUUUGUCUGUACAUUACCUUUGUGUGAAGAAGAAUGAAAGAGAUUGUAAGAGGUGUUUGGAGUGUGAGAGUAGUGUUUUGUGUUCAAAGUUCUAAAGCUUUUCAUGUCAUUAGACCUCGCUUUUUAUAUUUCUGAAUAAAAAUUUCCACUUUAAUCAUAAAAAAAAGGAAGGAAACUUUUGACUCCGUUCAA